UCCAUUGAAUCUCUCUUUCUGAGUAAGUAAAGAUCCGAUUCUUGUUUUAACUGUUGGAUUCCUCUUCUCUUCCUCCUCGCCAUGGGCGUUGAGCUGCUUAAGCUGAAACUAACGCCCACCUCUCUCCGUCGGCGCGUGAUCCUACGCGCCCUCGUGAUCGUCUGCGCUUUCUCCGUCGUAUCCAUCAUACGAAACCUCAACGGAGCUUACCAAGGAGAGACUCACCACCACCACCGCCCGCGUAAGGUCGAUGACUGCGCCGUGAACUUCGCGUUUCUUGGUCCGUUUCUCUUCUCCGGCAACGGCUUGCUCUCCAACAGCUUCCUUAAACCUAUCUGGAACUUUAUAGAGUCGGAGAAGUGUAAGAAGAACAUCGACUUGACUACUCAAGUCGUCGCCGAGCUUAAAGGUUUGAACUUGCUGCGUAACGACGCGAAAGCUCUCUGUAUUGGCCGGAGAUCUGUUUCAGCUCUUCUCGCCAUGAACCUGCAAGGGAUCUCUGAUGCUCGUGUAAGCCACGCGCCGCCUGUUUUCGCUUUCAAGCACAGGAAGUUCACUAGUGAGCUACAUUAUGAUGAUGCUUCUUUCGGGUUCGUCCUCUCUAUGGAUUCUGAGACGGUUUCUGUCCCUGCUUCACUUGUUUAUGAAAUCGAGCGUGUGCUUAAGCCUGGUGGAACCGGAGCUAUGCUUGUUGGGUCUGACUCUAACGGGUUGGUUAGAUCCGUCUCGCCUGUUUCUUCACUGCUCAAGAACUCGAGUGUUGUUCAUGUUGCUUCCUUAGGUGAACAGGUUCUUGUUGUGUUCAGGAGACAUGGUGAAGAUAGUAUCCUUUUGGAUCAAUCUCAUCAUCACGAACUUCCGGCUGAUUGUUCAUCUCUGCUUAAUAACAGACCCUACAUUGGGUUGUUGGAGCCUCUUCUCGAGGAGAAACGGUCGGAUUUUGAGAGAAGGAUCCAUUACUUGCCUGAGUUCAUUGACGUCUCUUCUAGGAAGAGACUGGUUUAUAUUGAUAUUGGAGCAGCGGAUCAUCUCACACCGAGGUCGAAUUGGUUCUUCCCCUCGUACCCUAUCGACAAGAAAGCUUUUAACAGCUAUUUUGUGCAUCACAACACAUCUAUAUUGACUUCUUACGUCAAAAGUCCUGGUGUAACCUUCAUCUAUCAUCCAGGACUGGCAGGAACAGGAACAGUAGCUACCCGUGGAGAGCAAGAAGAUGAACCUUUUGUAGAAGAUGACAGCUUUGAUUUUCUAGCAUGGUUCAAGGAAACAGCGAGCUUUGCUGAUUUCUUGGUUUUGAAGAUGAACACAAGCGAGGCAGAGCUGAAGUUUCUAGCAGAGCUGAUAAAGACAGGUGCGAUAUGCUCAGUUGAUGAACUGUUUCUUCACUGCAGUGGGUACGGAGACUGCACUAGUGUCAUAAAGAGCCUCAGAAGCAAUGGGGUCUUUGUUCAUCAGUGGUGGGAAGACUAAGAGCUUCAGCUAAAAGAAGCUUAAAAAACUAAAACUAUGUCGUUUAAUAAGUUUAUGUUGUGUUGUUUUUCUAUGUUUGCUACAAUAUUUGCUCAUGUAUAAGAGCAAAGCUGUAGAAGUUAGCUCCAGCGACCCGGCGCUUCUAUGGUUUAAUCUAAAAUAAGCAGUCGCCAUUAUGAACUGUGUACGUGUUUUUCAAUGAAGUUGCUAUGUUGUGUGUUUC